UGAUCGCAAUGGAUUCGAAAAAAUGCUUAGAUGCCUCUGCAGGGAACAAGGAACGGUUGCGUUGGACGCAGGAGCUACACGAUAUGUUCGUCGAGGCAGUUACCAAGCUUGGUGGCCCUGAUAGGGCAACACCAAAGGGUAUUCUGAAGGCUAUGGGAGUUCCUGGACUGACCAUCUACCAUAUCAAAAGCCAUUUGCAGAAGUACAGGAUCUCAAAAUUUGUCCCAGAGACUACCAGUACAGGCAAUCUUCAGAGGAAAAACAUUUCAGAAAUACUGCCUAACUUCGGCACAACAUCUGCUGCUCAGCUCAAUGAAGCGUUACAUCUCAUGCAUAUACAAGUACAAAGGAGAUUGAGUGAUCAACUUGAGGUGCACAAGAGCUUGAAGCAAAAAUUUGAAGCCCAGGGAAGGUUCCUUGAUACAAUUUCAGCAGAUCGGAGUCGCAAUGAUAACCGCCCGACCUUUACGAAACCUAUCAAACCCAUAUCUAGAAAAUCGCUGCCUUCUCUCUGUGAGGAAUCCGAAUCAAAUGCUAAGGACUUCGGGACGUCUGACUCGGACGCUGAGAAGACCGAGAUUCAAUCCUCUGGAGAAGAAUUCCAAGCUUUGAAGAAGCAAAGGGUACAUAAUCAAAACGACGACAACAUGGCAUGGAAUUUUCCUAUCAUUGAGGAUCAAACGGCCAAUAUAUCAUCAUAUCCUGCAGUGUGUGAUCAGAUCAGCUUUCCUUGGAACUUUGGAGCCUGCACAUCGCCUUUAGUCCCCAGUUUCCUAUAAAUAAUAUUGGAAUGAGUAUUGUCUUUUUUGAUGAGUUCCAUAUAUUUUUUGGAAGCAAAUGAGUUCCAUAUAUAUGUUUUGCUAAAACAUGGAAAAGGAAUAUUUUUUUGCUUCCAUAUAUUUCCUUUUAAUUCAGUCUGUGGAAGCAAUAAAAAUAUAU